AUGCCAAUACGAUCGCCAAGUGCUUCCGCUUCUUCCAUGGAAUGGGUGGUAAGGAUUACAGAUGUGUGUUGUUUGAGUCUUGCAUGGUAUUUAAACAAGAUUUUUCCUGGAGAGAAUAUUGCCACUUCACAACCAUGGAGUUUCCCCUUUAUCUCCAGUUUUUGGUUCUCUACUUAUAAAAGUAUUCCCUCACUCCAAGUACCCAGACACGCAUUACAAGAGGAUGGCUUUAUUGAAAACUUUAACGAAGAUCAUAUUUCAGAUUCCGACCGCAAUGUGCUAUCCAUUAACAAUAUACUGAAGGAAUUUAAAGUCAAAGAAAAACCAAAGGAUGCAUCUUCUGAUUCUAGCAAGGGGAUCUUUGGCAGAUUUUUUUGUGGUGCAGCAACGGAAACCAAAAUUAAGCGUGCUGUGCAAGACUUUAAUUUGAAUUUACACAGUAGUCAGAUUCUUGCACUACUGGGCCACAACGGUGCGGGAAAAACUACAUUAAUAUCCAUGAUAAGUGGUGUUGUGUUGCCAAAAUCAGGCCACAUUUACGUCAAAUCCAAGUCGGGCGACAAAGUGAUGGAUAUAACGGAUCCUUUUGCAUUAUCAAUGUUUAGACAAGAACUUGGUGUAUGUCCACAGUUUGAUGUAAUCUUUGAAUCUCUCACUGUUCGUGAGCAUUUAGAACUGUAUUGUGGUAUUAAGGGUGUGACGAUUGAUGGCCGAGUUGGAGAUUUUAUAUCUAGUGGUCAAAAAGAUGCUGCAAAUUUAAAAAUGCAAUAUGUCGAGGCCAUAGCACGCGAUGUUGAACUGUAUGCUAAACUAGAUGCCUACAUCAGUACUCUCUCUGGCGGUAUGAGACGCAAGCUAAGUGUAGCUAUUGCGCUACUUGGAUCUCCUCGUAUCGUGUUGUUGGAUGAGCCAACUACUGGCAUGGAUGUUGCUGCUCAACAACGUAUCUGGUCCUUGAUUCGAAGCUGCAAAAAGAAUCGUGUUUUGAUUUUGACUACACAUUCUAUGGAGGAGGCCGAUGUUCUUGGUGACCGUAUUGCUAUCAUGUCGAAUGGCCAUCUCAAAACACUUGGCACAUUGAUUUUUCUUAAAUCGCAAUUCGGUACGGGAUAUAGUAUUGAUUUUGUCAAGUCUGACAAAGCUACAAUGUCCAAUCAACUAUCCACUCGGGCAGAUUCAACAAUUCUCAAAAUUGUGCAGCAAUUUUUUCCUGCCGCACAAAAAAUGUCUGGCCAUAAUACACCGAUUUCAACAGCUCACUCCUUUCUCUCACUGAAUACUCCAAGGGUGUCUGUGGAAGCAACAAUCAAUUCAGACUUACCAGGGCUCAAGACUCUGCUUGUCGAAUACUUUUCUGGAGCAAGGUUGUUUGCCAAAAUCCAAAGAACAGACACCGGAAUCACUCAGGCAAUAGUUCAGGGACAUCCAAAGCAGUUUCCCUCUUCUCUUGAAUACCUCAGAGGACUGCUACAAAUCAAAUAUGAUGCUGCUAUUGUUUGGGGCGAAGCGAGCGCUGUUUCUGAAGAAAGUCGAUACAACUCGAUCACUAUUGAAGAAGCUUUACCAACUUUGGAAAGGGAUCCGUCCUCGGGAGAGUUUCUGGAAAAGGAACUUGACGAAAUCUCUUUUGGUGGGUCUGCUGCUACUGAAGCUUUGAAGAAAGUUGUCAAGGAAACAUUCGCUAGUAUGGCAAAUGCAACUACUGGUUUUGGCAUUGCAAAAGGAUGGAUUCCCGCUGUCCCGGAAAAGCACAUCAUUGUCAAACGUGGAGACGAAGAAUACGACUUGGAGGUUUCUACCAUUUCUUCUCUCUCCGCAUUGAUUGAAGCAGUGCAGAAGAAAUUCCCAUUGGCUCUGAAAGUCAAGAAACUCUACCGCUUGCACGAAGGAACUCCAGUCGUUGUGACUGAUGUGAAAGACCUGCGCCAAGGAUAUUUGUAUUAUGUCCUGGCAGGUUUUGAAGAGUUUCCCAAGAAGCAGACCACCAAGUUCACAACAAUCGAGGAGUUCUUUGACAAGUUGAAGAUUCAACAAGAACUGGAUGAUGAUGAAAUUCAGCUUAUCAAGGACUGUCUUGGAAAACAGAAAGUCAAAUUCACCCAAUUGAUGGCCACUGGAGAUCUGGCAUUGACUGAUGAGAAGCUCAAAGAAAUUGGAAUCUCUCAAUUGGGUUUAAGAACAGCAGUUCUAUUAGUUAUUAAAGGCAAUCAAUAA